AUGAAGCAAAAUAUUGGACGAAGCGAAUUUUCUCAGUUCCCCAAUUUGUUACAGACAAGCUGCCAGGAAGACGACGUUUCAACUUACGUUCAACAUUUAAAUGCCCUCUAUUCAGAUUUUGAAUCUAGGUUUGAGGAUAUUUUGACUAUGGUAAUACCACCGUGGAUAAUUAAUCCAUAUGGUGACAUAGAAGAAACGAACGUCACAAUACAAGAGGAACUGACUGAACUAAGUACAAACGAAGAACUUAAGGUUCAGUUUAAAAACGGAUAUCAGCAAUUCUGGCUGCAAAACAACAUACCCGUUACUUAUCCCGUAUUAUGGAAUAUAGCGAGGAAAUUUAUAAUUUCCUUUCCAUCGCCAUACCUAGUGGAAAGGGGGUUCAGCGCUGUUACCAAUCUCCUAACGAAAAAAAAACAGACUGGACAUCAUUAG